AUGCCCUUAUAUUUCCCCAGUUCUUUUUCUUCUUGUUCCUUUCAUGUUCUGACCCCCCACCCCCAAAAAAAACUAUUUCUUCUUGUUCCUUUCAUCCCCCCCACCCCCAGGUCCUAUUUCUUCUUGUUCCUUUCAUCCCCCCACCCCCGGUCCUAUUUCUUCUUGUUCGCUUUCAUCCCCCACCCCGGUCCUAUUUCUUCUUGUUCUCAAUAUCCCCCCACCCCGGUCCUUAAUUGUUCUCGUUCCUUUUUCCCCCCACCCCCCCAGUCCUAUUUCUUCUUGUUCGGUUCAUCCCCCCACCCCGGUCCUUCCCUUUCUUCUUGUUCGCUUUCAUCCCCCCACCCCCAUAUCACACCUAUUUCUUCUUGUUCAAACAAAGAUGGAUCAUUCCCCCACCCUCAAUCCUAUUUCUUCUUGUUCGCUUUCAUUCCCCCACCCCAUUUAUCCUAUUUCUUCUUGUUCUUUCAUCCCCCACCCCCCAAUCUAUUUCUUCUUUCAUUCCCCCAUUUUCAUCCCCCCGGUUUCCUUCCUUUCUUCUUGUUUGCUUUCAUGCCUUUCAAAUAUUUCCCCUUUGAUAUUCUAUUUCUUCUUGUUCGCUUUCAUUGCCCUUCCUUGGUUCCAUUUCAUCUUGUUCGCUUUCACCCCCACCCAAAUCCCUACCCUUGGUUCUAUUUGUUCUUGUUUAUUGUCAAUCCCUAUUGGUCGCUCUUCUUUUUCUUCGUCUUCAUUCUCCUUUCUUGCUUCAGAUUAUCUUUUCUUAUCGGCAUUUGUUUCACUUUUCUCUGCUUUUCUCUUUUUGUAUUUUUCAUCGGCCUUCUCCUCCGAUUUCUUUCCCUCUUGGGUCUUUUCACUAUCUUCUUGUCCGCUUAUAUUCUCAUCUUGAAAAGGUUCACUUUUCCACCCUAUUGA